UUUAGUCAGAUUCGAUUAUAAGAGAAAGCUUAGCUAAUUCGAUUGCAAUGACGCUCUACAAUGGAAGAUACUAAAGGAAUCUCUGAUCCGGAGAAUGGGAGUUCGAUUUACGGCGGAAAACCGCCGAAUCCUCUCUCCUUCUCUUCUUCCUCCUCCUCUUCCGCCGCCGCCUUAUACCGGCAGACCUUUGACGGCGACCGCGACCGCUUUUUGGCUCCCCCCAGGUCGCUGGUUCGACACCCAUCUCUCGUGAAGACAAAGGUGUCAGCUUUAUCUGUUGAGAACGAGUUUGUUUUAGACAAGGUUGAGUUUGUUCCCGUUAUGCGUUCCGGAGCUUGGUCUGAUAUUGGCUCCAGGUCCAGCAUGGAAGAUGCUUAUCUAUGCCUCGAUAAUCUCAUGGAUAGUUACGGUCUCAAGGACUCUGAGGAUGGACCGACCGCAUUUUACGGGGUAUUCGAUGGACACGGUGGGAAGCACGCUGCUGAGUUCGCGUGUCAACGUAUACCGAGGUACAUCGUUGAGGAUCAAGAGUUUCCUAGUGACAUCAAUAAGGUGGUUUCUUCAGCGUUUCUUCGAGCAGACGCUGCCUUCUCAGAGGCUUGUGCGUUGGAUGGGAGUCUCUCUUCAGGAACUACUGCUUUGGCUGCUAUUCUUACUGGAAGGUCGUUGGUUGUGGCAAACGCUGGAGAUUGUAGAGCAGUCUUGUCUCGUCAGGGGAAAGCCAUUGAGAUGUCAAAGGACCACAAACCCAUGAGCUGCAAAGAGAGGAGACGCAUCGAAGCCUCGGGUGGAUACAUAUACGAUGGGUAUCUGAACGGGCAACUCAAUGUGGCUCGUGCCAUCGGGGAUUUUCAUAUGGAAGGGAUGAAGAGAAAGAAAGACGGUUCUAACGGUGGACCUCUCAUUGCGGAUCCUGAGCUCAUGACAACUAAACUAACAGAAGAGGACGAGUUCCUUAUAAUGGGCUGCGAUGGGGUUUGGGAUGUGUUCAUGAGCCAGAACGCUGUUGAUUUCGCUAGGAGGAGGCUGCAAGAGCACAAUGACCCGGUUAUGUGUAGUAAAGAGUUGGUUGAAGAAGCUUUGAAGAGGAAGAGUGGGGAUAAUGUGACGGCGGUGGUUGUGUGCCUUCAGCCGCAGCCGCCACCGAACUUGGUUGCACCGAGGUUGAGGGUUCAACGGAGCUUCUCAGCGGAGGGUUUAAAAGAUUUGCAGAGCUACUUGGAUGACUUUGGGUGCUAAUUGGGGGGCGGGGGACAUGAGGAGGAUGGUGACGAAUGAUUUUUAAUUCUCUCUGUUUUGUUUUUGCUUUUGGUUAUAAAUUUUAUAGUUUUGGGUUUGUGGCGGUUUUGUUCUAUUGAAUUGUUACAAUUUGAGUAAGUUAUAACAUAAGGCGGCAUACAAUAAUAUCUUUGAUUGGUGGGAUUUGUUUUCUUCAUAAUUUCUAUGUUUUUUUCGUCAUCAGUCAACUAUCUUUCAUUUA